GCAGCAACGCUUGUGAAAUCAAAGCGUUUGUGAUCGUAGGGAAGAAAAGUGGAAACAUAGCGAAUCGAGAAUUAUAGAACAUUUUCUCGAAUAUACGUAAAUUUGUGACUUAAUUAGUAUUUAUAAGUGAUAAUGGCGUCAACGGACACGAAAAACGAUCAAGGUGGAUCGUUUAUUCCGGCAAGUCAGCGUCCGGAUGGCACUUGGCGCAAACAGCGAAGAGUAAGGGACGGCUACAUACCUCAAGAAGAGGUUCCACUCUACGAGAGUAAGGGCAGGCAAUUCAGUAGAAAUCGGCCUAGUUAUCCUGUUGGAAUGACCGCUGAGUUUGUGGCAGCCCACAAAGCAAGGAGAGAAGCUGAAGCAGCAAAGUCGGCGCAGAUACCAGGUCUGAUAAAAGCGAACGACGGCAAAAAGAAGAAAAAGAAGAGUAAGAGUAAAGCAGUCGACGCAGUGACGGAAGGUCUCGCUAAAACAACAAUAUCACCACCCGUUGUAGAGAAUGGCAAAUCGGCGAACCCGAAAUGCCAGAAAAAGCCGGUGACCAACAACACAAAUGUUAUUCCGACCCCAAGCAAUAGCUUGCCCACUCAAAACACAGAUCCAGCGAAAAGGCUCAAAAACUUGAAAAAAAAGUUAAGAGAGAUUGAAACCAUAGAGCAGAAGAUAAAAUCAGGAGAAUUGAAAAUUCUUGAGAGAGAAUUGUACGACAAAGUCAUGAGGAAAACAGAGGUUCUAAAAGAUAUUGAACAGCUGGAAGCAAACCACUAAACGGCUACCAAACUACUAUUUUAUUAUUAUUAUUGUUAUUUUGAGUUUUUCCGCUUUUUACACUUGUCACCCUUUAUCGGUACAAAAUGUAAUUGUGCCAUUUAGGAUAAUUAUUGAUGUUUGCUGUUUUAUUAUAUUAAUAUUGAGUGGAAUUUAGAAAUAAUUAUGAUAAUAGUAGGAAUAAUAAUUAUUGUUGUAACAUAGUUUUCAAAAUUAUUCGUACUGUACAGUAAAUUCUCUAUCCUUCAAAUGCACGUGAUAAUUAUUUGAAAAAUAACGAUGUAUAAUCUAAAUUAGUAUGUUAUAUGAUUUUUAUUUAAUGUAUAUGUAUACAUUUUUUGCUAAAUGCUUACAUGAGCAUUUUAACGAAUUAUUGUAACAAUCAACAAGUACAAGUACUUGAUGCGCAUAACUUUAACUGUAUUAACCGAAGACCUGAAAUUCAUAAAUUUAUUAUGAAAUAUCGAUGAUACGAAAUGUUGAAGGAAAUAUAGAAUAAAAAUUAUCAUUUAAAAAAUUCCCCGUAAUGUUCAAGCUAGUGUAACAAUAGAUUAGAUUAGAAUACUCCAAAAUUUUAUUAGCGAAUAAAAUAAAUUCAUCAUCAUUGACCAAAUGUUUAAUAAAACAGAGAUGAUUUAAACAUAACCAAGUAUGUUCUUUUAUCCUUAUCACCUCUGCUACACUCUGUAACUUCCUCGAAGAUGAGCA